AUGUCUGCCAGCGUUCACUCAGUCGAGAACAAUAAUGCGGGUGUAGUCGAGGUAGCCUCUGCCUCGGCGACCAACCCUGUUCAGAUCAUCUUGACGCCUCCAACGCCGAUAGUACCCACAACUCCAGGUACCAUUGACCGCCUUAGCGAAGACACGCACAAGGAGGUUCACCGCCUACCUGAUGUAUCCGAGGAGAAGGAAGUCGUACCAAAAACUGACUUCUCCGAUGAGAAGCAGGUUUGUGAUGAACGUGAUGCUUAUGAUGGGAAGGAAGUCUAUAUACCCGAUGCAGAAAAAGAGGUUUAUGACGUUGGGUUAGACAAGGAGGUUCACAACUUGAAACUUCACGAUGGACAUGAUGAGAAACAACCAUACGACCCCAACAGCCAGACGCAUGGCGUUUAUGAUGCUGAGAAAGAAGUCCUCUGCAACCCCAACAGCACCGCCGACCAGCGAAGGCACAGCACCUCAACCGAGUCCACUGAAACAUCACAAUCACAAACCAAGGCCAACCCAUUCUGCUACAAACGCCACGUCGGCAGAUUUAACGACGCAGUCGACAAGAAGAAGAAAGCAUGGUCUACAUUUACCAACAACUCCAGCACCGCCAUGUCGGAGAAGAUAGUCCAGAUGGACAAAGGCUGGAAACAACGCGUCGAUGUGUUUGAGGAGAGCACCAUGGCCAAGAUGAGCGCUUUUGAUCGAAGUAUCAGCGAUGGAAUCGAUCGUGCAGGGAAAGGCUACAAUUCAACAGUUUCGAGCUGGAAGACGGGGGUGGUUAAUAAGAGGAAUCAAAGUAUUAGCAGUAUGAAGAGCUUGGGUUCUAAGUGUCAGAUUAGUGGGAAGGGGGGUAAAGAGGAGGUCAAAGAGGAGGCAAAGGAGGACAUGGAGAAGUAA